AUGAGUGGCAUGGGAGAAAUUGAUGCAAGAGAGAUUGCUCUUGUAAUGCAGCGCAAGCCUUUGAAGGAUGAGGUUCCAGUUCAGCUCCUACUUCACGACUCUCUUUCCACAAACCCAUUCUCUCCCUUCUUUCUCCUUCAAACUUCUUUCUACCAUAACUUUCACUCUACAACUCCAAUUCUUGUGCCGCUUUCACCUUUAGGAUUGUAUGAACGAGCUCUACAAGAUAAGUGUGUUUUGGGAGAAUGGUGGUCACUACUACGCAGCUCAUUGAAGGUUGAGGAUUACUUUGGAGCUGUUAAGGUGAAGAAUCUACCUUGGGCUGAACCUACAGAGAACUCAGAGUAA